UCAUCUCAGGGCGCCGGAAGGCACGCGCACUUGGGCAGCUCUUCAAGCUGAGCUGAGUUGGCUGGUCGACUCGCUCGGGAUCCUGUGUUGACUUGUCAAGCGCUUUUGGAUGUUUUGGUAAUAGAGGAAAGACACGUAUUUACGCCUCCCAGAGAUUUUCCCCUCUGAAUUGCGUAACUGUCGAGACAGCGUUUUUAAGAUCUCAACCUACGAUAUGGAUUCCGCCAAUCAAGACAUCAAUCUGAACUCUCCACAUAAAGGCCUGGGCUCUGACUCUCUCUCAGACAUGCCUGAAGAGACGGGGGCGGCCGCUGUGAGUCCUGGCACUCUCCCUCCGGGUCUGACAGAGGAGGAGGCCGAGGAACUGAGACUGGAGCUCACCAAGGUUGAGGAGGAGAUCCAAACCUUGCGGCAGGUGCUGUCGGCUAAAGAGCACCACGCGUCGGAGCUGAAGCGUAAACUGGGCCUGAGCCCCCUGACUGAGUUCAAACAGAACAUCACCAAAAGCUGGCAGGACGUCCAGACCUCAAACGCAUAUCUUUCAGCUUCUGCCACUCUGGAUGACAUUGCCAGCUCUGAAGUGUAUAAAAAGACUCAGGAAACACUGUCUCAGGCUGGACAGAAGACCUCAGCUGCCCUCUCCACUGUUGGCACGGCCAUCAGCAGGAAACUGGGUGACAUGAGAGCUCUUCCGUUCUCUAACUCCUUUGGUAGCAACUACUCCAUUCGCCAAUCAAUAAGUAUGCCAGCUAUGAGGAACUCUCCAACCUUCAAAUCAUUUGAGGACAAAGUUGAAAACAUCAAGUACAAGGUGGUUGGAGGCAAAGCCAAUGGUGAAAGUGCUCACUCUCCGAACGAGUCAAACCCGGUGCAGGACAACGCUCCGUUCUGAGAUUAAACGCUCAUCUCAUUCUCUGUGAAUCCUAACUACACCCACACUUCCGUUCUCCCAGUUCUCUCUGAAUUCUUUCAUCCCUCCUUCCUCUGUCUCCUUUGAUGCCCCCCCACCUACUGCUAGCAUGUGCUUGCUCAUCUCACUGAAAACACACCUGUAGUACAGAUUCUGUGCCAUGAAAUAAUCACAGGUUGUACAAAAGAAGACAAAUGAUUAAUCAUUUUGUAUUAGAAACUAUUUUACACUGCUUUGCAUAAUGUUUUUACAUAACUUUUAUCUAUAUAUGACUAUAAAGGAAUACAAAUAACUAUAUUUAAACAAAACUGCCAAGCAGCAUUCAUCAGGCGGCAGAGGGGUACAAAAUACACAAAGAAGAAACAUUUCAAUCUCAAGGGGGGAGGAUUUUAGACCGAUAAAGAAAAGAAACUUGCUGCUGAGCAUUCAGUUGAGUAGUUUUUUUACUCUCAGUACAAUGUGAAGCGAUGCUUUGCUGUACACCUGGUGAAUGUCUGACCUUCUCAGUCGGCCUUACACUCGCACUCUCUACUGCUUUAUUAGUCUGUUACUGGUAAAAAAAUAAAUAAAAUACAUGUUACAGAAAGUUGUUUUUUGCUUUAUCUUUUUUUUUUUGUUUUUUGUUUUUUUUUUUACCUUUGCUUUUUCUUGCUCAUUCAGUUUUCUUCUUCUUUUCAAUGAUGGGAAUGUUUUAUUUAUGCUGUUGACAUUGGAAAUCGCUCUUGUCUUUGCUUUGUGCCAUGCUGUGUGUGCCAGUUAGUAAAUGCCAUAGACCUUUUGUUGUCCGAAUGUUACACACACACAAAUUAUCACAACACGCAGUUAUUUUCAUGUGCAGUUGAAAGUAAGUCGAAUUUCUUUUGUAAGUGGCAUUUGUUGAUUUUUCCCAACAGACAUGAACACUAGUGUUGUCUGUAUGGCAGCACAGUAAUUUUUUACCUGAAAGUUAUUGGCGUAUAUUUCAUUAUUAGCAAGUGUAAUCUUUUAUUUUUCCUUUAUUCUGAUAUUUCAUUCACUUAUAUGGGUGUCAUUAGGUGGCCUUGUUUCAGUAUAUUACACACAAGUACAUGCCUCAUUGGGUGAAAUGCAAGGGAUUACAUACAUUUGACACACUGGUGCAGAUGAUGAGACGCCAGCAUCACGUGAUUUUCCACUGGGAUCCACGUGGUGCCAUAGAAUUGUGUGGAUGCACCUGUCGUUCUGCAAAUGGUGAACAUGAGAGGGAAAGGACUUCUUUUUUUAUUAUUAUUUUGAGUAGCCAUUUUCGGGAGUUUGUUUUUUGUUUAGGUGACAGGCACAGUAUAGCUUUAAAUUAGAGACCUCAGCCUAGCUAUUCAGAUUUAAAGUUUCAGAUCGUUUUCUUUUAGAACAACAGUGGUGUAAUGCUUCGUUUAUUUUUGUCAGCUGUCUGUAUAUCAAUAAAGCAUUCGUUCAAAUGGC